AUGGCCCUCAUAGUCGACAAGCAUCGUCCUCGGUCUCUCGAGUCUUUAACGUACCACCCCGACUUAUCAGAGAGGCUUCGUUCCUUGGUACGUAGUCCUAAUUUUGUGUGGUUCUUCUUCACGUCUAACCCAGCAAUCUCUAUCACACAGGCUCAAAGCGGCGACUUCCCUCACCUCCUCGUAUAUGGGCCCUCCGGUGCGGGUAAAAAGACCCGCAUUGUUGCGACUCUAAAGGAGCUCUAUGGCCCUGGCGUCGAAAAGAUCAAGAUCGACGCCCGUGUCUUCCAGACUACCAGCAACCGCAAAUUAGAAUUCAAUAUCGUCGCCUCCGUUUACCACCUCGAGAUUACCCCGUCAGAUGUCGGAAACUAUGACCGAGUUGUCGUCCAAGACUUGCUAAAAGAGGUAGCUCAAACUCAACAAGUCGAUCAGUCAGCCAAGCAGAAGUUUAAGGUCGUUGUCAUAAAUGAGGCCGACCACUUGACCCGAGAUGCCCAGGCGGCUUUGAGAAGGACGAUGGAGAAAUACAGUCCAAAUUUACGACUAAUAUUGCUCGCCAACAGCACAGCUAAUAUCAUUGCGCCCAUUCGAAGUCGAACGCUCCUCGUGCGUGUCGCAGCCCCAACGGUCGAUGAGAUUGCGAAUGUCCUAGCGGAAUCGGCCAAGAAAGAGGGAUGGCCUGUUGUAGCAGGGCUACAUAAGCGGAUUGCCAAAGAGAGCGGACGUAAUCUUAGAAGAGCGCUGCUAAUGUACGAGGCCGUACAUGCUCAAAAGUAUGUAUCUCGUCCUACUUACGUCACGACCCAGCUGACCGAUCAUAGCGAGAAAGUUGAAGAUGAUACGCCCAUUCCGCCGCCGGAUUGGGAGGCGUUAAUAGCACAGAUAGCCAAAGAGAUUAUGGAGGAGCACUCACCAGCCCGUAUCUUGCAAGUCCGAUCAAAGCUUUACGAUCUGCUCACACAUUGCAUACCCCCUACGACGAUACUCAAGACGUUGACUUUCAAGCUCAUUCCUAUGAUCGACGAUGACUUGAAGUAUGAAGUCAUUAAGUGGUCUGCCUUCUACGAGCAUAGGAUAAAGACGGGAGCCAAGGUGAUCUUCCACCUAGAAGCUUUUGUUGCUAAGUUCAUGCGGAUAAUCGAGAUGUAUUUAAUGAGUAUGGAUAUGUGA